AUGGGGAAUCAUGGGAAUGCAGGGGUUGGAGGUGUAGUGCAAGAUUGGACUGAGUCAAUUAUUCUCUUUUAUGCUGGACCUAUUGGGUGGGCAACAGCUAACAUGGCAGAAUUCACAACAUUGCUUAAAGGAUCGCUGUUUAUUAAAGCCUUGAAUUUGGGCCAUUUCAUUGUUGUGGAAGGUGAUUCUUUAAAUGCGAUAAAGUGGUGCAAUAAGGAACUUCGUGUUCCUUGGAUGUUGCGAUCGAUUUGGGGCCAAGUUUUGGACUUAGAAGGGCUAUUAUUGAUAUCUUGCCAGCAUGUGUUUAGAGAAUCUAAUGGUAUUGUUGAUGGAUUGACUAAGAGAGGGGUGUCGAUGGAUUCCAUUUCGAUUUUGAAUGAUGUAAAUACUGAGUGA